AGAUAAACAAAAACAUGGUGAAACGUCUGAGACUCAAUGACUUACCAGAUGAACUGAUCUUGAAGAUAUUCUCAAUGCUUCCGAACUUUAAAGAGAGCGUUGCAACACAUCUCAUAUCAGAGCAGCACGAGAAUCCUUAUAAUCUGGUGUCGGACGUCACGUUAGAAUAUGAUAAUGAGGAGAGUUUCGUGACUUUCAUGAGUUUUUAUUACGGAUCUUUGUUGUCUGACGAUGAUCAGAUCCUAGAGAGAUUGCAUCUCAAGCUUAACAGAAACUAUUCGGCUUCAGACAUCAACUUUUGGGUUCAAGUGGCGGUUAAUAGUUCUGUAAGAAAGCUGAGAAUUAACUUGUAUGGUGGAACCCUAGUUCUGCCAAGUUGCUUGAGUACUUGCACAACCCUAAAAUCAUUGAUACUCCGUGAAGUAACUAUCAAUCAUGUUCCUCGUGGUUUCUGUUUGCCAUCUCUUAAAAGUCUGCACCUUUUCUCCGUUGAAUUCUCGCAAAAGGCAUCUAACGCAAGGCUUUUACAAAAUUACUAUGGUAUAAAUGAUGAGGUUAGAUUUUGCUUGCCGUCACUAAGAAGUCUGCACCUUUUAUCGGCAGUACACUAUACGUCUGGUCUUCUUACACAUCUUCUACAAAGUUGUCCGGUUCUUGAAUAUCUGGUUGUAUCCCAAACCGAACGUGAGUUGAGUCCGGUUUUUAGUGUUAUCCCACCUGAGUCUCGUUUGUCAUCAAUCAAGAGUCUGCACCUUUUAUCUGUCGAACUCUCGAAUGAUAAAGCUAUUGCAACGCUUUUAAAAACGUGUGCAGGCUCUCUUGAAUAUUUGGUUUUAAACAGAACCUGCUAUUACUAUUCGGAGCGUGUUUCCUUGUCGUCACUCAAAAGUCUGCACCUUUUAUCGCCUAGUAGUAAUAAUAUAGCGUGCAAUUCUCUUACACGUCUUCUACAAAGUUGCCCGGUUCUUGAAUAUCUGGUCGUAAGCCAAACCGAACGAGAUUAUAUGCCAAUGUUCAGGGUUAUCCCACCUGAGUCCUGUUUGUCAUCAAUCAAAAGUCUUCACCUUUCAUCUGUUAAAUUCCAUGGGGAUGAAUAUGUUGCAACGCUUUUAAAAAGGUGUGCAGCUCUUGAACAUUUGGUUAUAAGCCGAACCAGAUAUGACAAUGUGAAGUUAUAUGAUAUCGAUGUGCCUACUUUGAAGAGCUUAACUAUUAAUAACUCAAGAGAGAAACGUACUGACGACGACGAAAAGGAGAAUCAUGGGUUUUUGAUAAAUGCUCCUGCUUUGCAGACUUUGAACAUUAAGGAUACUGUCAGUAACUUUCUAAUGCUUGAGUUUACGCCAGAGGUAACAAAAGCGAAUAUCCAGGUCAUUUGUGAGCAAUCUGAGAAUUUCAUUGGAUCUCUUACCUCAGUCCAACAUCUUUCUCUAUGUUCUCCAAAUUCGGAGAUUCCAUAUCGCCGUGGCUCUGUCUUUCCCUAUCUUGAACAUCUAGAGCUAUGUACAUGUUCUGCGGGAUGGGUCAAUCUUCUUGCUUCUAUACUCAAUGAGUCUCCAAGACUCCAAUCUCUCAAGCUUAUGUCGAAUCAUAGUGCCCAAUACAACGAUCCGAUGAGCUUUUGGGACGAACCAGUAGUGGUUCCCGAAUGUUUAUUGACGCAUCUAGAGAUCUUUGAAUGGAGACAAUAUGAAAACACAGUGCAGCAUAGGAAAGUGGCUGCGUGCAUACUAGCAAACGCUACUUGUCUAAAGAUGGCAACAUUUUCAACAAGAAGUAGAAACAAAGAUCAUCGCAUGGUCAUGAAGUUAAAGAAACUGAAAAGAAUUUCGAAGACAUGUCAGUUAGUUUUUGAGUAA